AUGAACAACCAAUUCACGAAUAUUCCUAUAAAAAAAGCUAUUUACACUUCAGACAUGGUAAAGAAGGAGGCACAAAACCCCAGUGUUCAUAGCCAGUACGGCAAUAACCUGAAUGUUAGCAGUCAAUAUGCGCCCAACCCAAAUGUAAACAACCCCAAUGUUAACAACCCCAAUGUUAACAACCCCAAUGUUAACAACCCCAAUGUUAACAACCCCAAUGUUAACAACCCCAAUGUUAACAACCCCAAUGUUAACAACCCCAAUGUUAACAGUCACUGUGCGCCCAACCCAAGUGUCAACAAUCCCAAUGUUAACGUUCAAUAUGCUCACAACCCAAAUGUCAACAAUCCUAAUGUUAAUAGUCAGUAUCCUCAUAAUCCAAAUGCUAACAACCCAUAUGUUAAUAACCCAAAUACGAAUAACCCUAAUAUGAAUUACCCACAUAUGAAUUAUAAUUACCCCUAUCCUAAUAUGCACAAUUAUCAAUACACCUACCCAAUGGGCCCACCUCAACAACAAAUGAAUAUGUUUGUGAAUGACUGGAAAAGUAUCUUAGCGCCUUUAAAAGGUUGCAGAAUAAAACAACAAUUUGAUGAUAGAGAAUUUUUGGCAGAUUUUGCUAUGGGGAUUAAAUUAGAUUUUAAUAACAGAUAUUUAAUUUUAGAUGCGUCAACUGAACUUUUAAGAUUUACUGCUAUAGAGAGCUCGGAAUUCUGCAAUAGAAAUUGUUUACCCAAAAUAUGCAUUCCAAUUAAUAUGAAAAUAUUAACAUAUGGAAAAGAAUUAAGCAAACCUGAUAUUAUGAUUGAAAAAGAUUGCACAUGUACUUUCCUUUGUUUAAAUAGACCAACUAUAAAAAUGUACGAUUAUUCAAAUAAUAAUAAUAGACAAUUAAUUGGGAAAAUAAAAUCCCCAUACAGUUGUUGUUCGUACAAAUUUGAUUUAUUUGAUUCAUCCAAUAAUAAAAUUAUAUAUAUGGAUGAUACUUGUUGUCAGGUGAGUAUUUUAUUUCCAUGCCCAUUUGGUCCUUUUAAAUUUAGUAAUUUUUAUUUACGUGAUGCAAAAACUAAUGAGAAAGUUGCACAUCUACAAAAAGAGGUGCCUUUCUUAAAAUUCGUAAAACGUGACAUCGAUAAUUAUACUAUAAAUUUUGAAGAAGUCCAAAAUCCAGAAUGGAAAAUGAUGCUUUUGGCAUUUUCCCUCUUUUUAGAUUAUAUGUAUUAUGAUAGGAAGUGA